AUGUCGGAUCCUCUCAUCACAGCAACGACACAAGCUGUCGUCCUUGGAUCGCUGUCCAACGUCCUCGCUCAAGCUUUCUCGGCAUAUGAAUCACAGAAGCUCUUCAGUUUCGAUGUGGUCGAUAUACUCCGCUGUGCAGUUCUCGGAGCGGUUGUGACCCCACCAAAUUUCUUAUGGCAGAACUUUCUCGAGAGAAAAUUCCCCUCCAAGAAGGAAAUCCCAAAAGAGUUGACGAAGAAACAUGAUACGACUGAAAGCAGCGAAGUUCGGCUAAGCAAAUCGAAUACCGUCGCAAAGUUCUUUCUUGACCAAACAAUCGGUUGCUGGAUCAAUACACUGGUGUUCCUCCUGCUAUUUGGCUUCUUGAAGGGUAAAGGGGCGUUGGAGAUUGAGAAUGAGGUGAAGACAGGUUUUUGGUCCAUGGUUCUGUCCUCGUAUCGAUUCUGGCCUCUGGUGACAUUGACAAACCUGAUCCUGGUCCCUCCGAGUCAACGCAUUUUGGUUGGAAAUUUGGCUGGCCUGGUGUGGGGUAUCUUUGUGAACCUGGUAAUGGUGGGGUGA